CCCUCCGGCAUGCUGCGGCGGGGCGGCCCGGCGCUGCGGCGCUUCUCCACCGGCCGGGUGUAUUUAAAAAACAAGCUGAAAUUGGCCCUUAUUGGCCAGAGCCUCUUUGGACAAGAAGUCUAUAGCCACCUCUGCAAACAGGGCCACCAAGUUGUGGGAGUGUUCACAGUUCCUGACAAGGAUGGAAAAGCUGACCCACUAGCUUUAGCUGCCGAGAAAGACGGGACCCCUGUGUUCAAGUUUCCAAGAUGGAGAGUCAAGGGCAACACCAUAAAGGAGGUGGCUGAGGCCUACAGAUCCGUGGGAGCUGAACUAAACGUGCUUCCCUUCUGCACACAGUUCAUCCCCAUGGAUGUAAUUGACAGCCCAAAACAUGGGUCCAUCAUUUACCAUCCGUCUAUCCUCCCCAGGCACAGAGGUGCCUCUGCUAUCAACUGGACUCUAAUUAUGGGAGAUAAGAAAGCUGGGUUUUCCAUUUUCUGGGCUGAUGAUGGUUUAGAUACGGGACCCAUCCUUCUUCAGAGGUCCUGUGAUGUCCAACCCAAUGACACAGUGGAUGUACUUUAUAAUCGAUUUCUUUUCCCUGAAGGAAUCAAGGCGAUGGUGGAAGCUGUGCAACUCAUAGCUGAUGGAAAAGCACCUCGUAUUCCCCAGCCAGAAGAAGGGGCAACAUAUGAAGGUAUCCAGAAAAAGGAGAAUGCUGAGAUUUCCUGGGACCAGUCUGCUGAAGUUUUACAUAACUGGAUCCGUGGUCAUGAUAAAGUUCCCGGAGCUUGGACAGAGAUAAAUGGACAGAGGGUCACUUUCUACGGCUCGUCCUUACUGACUAGCUCCGCGCCUCCUGGAGAACCCUUGGAGAUUAAAGGUGCCAAGAAGCCCGGCCUUGUUACCAAGAAUGGACUCGUUCUUUUUGGUAACGAUGGAAAAGCACUGAUGGUGAGAAGUCUGCAGUUUGAAGAUGGAAAAAUGAUUCCUGCCUCUCAGUACUUUUCAGCGGGUGAGACAACAGUGAUAGAACUUACAGCCGAAGAGGUGAAGGUGGCAGAGACCAUCAAGGUCAUCUGGGCUGGAAUUUUAAGCAAUGUUCCUGUUAUUGAAAACACAACAGACUUCUUUAAAUCUGGAGCAAGCUCAAUGGACGUUGCCAGGCUGGUUGAAGAGAUCAGACAGAAAUGUGGUGGGCUUCAGUUACAGAACGAAGAUGUCUAUAUGGCCACCAAAUUUGAAGAUUUCAUCCAAAAAGUCGUGAGGAAGCUGAGGGGAGAAGAUCAGGAAGCAGAGCUCAUAGUGGAUUAUGUGUCAAAGGAGAUCAAUGAAAUGACAGUUAAAAUGCCAUAUCAGUGCUUUAUAAACGGACAGUUCACUGACGCUGAUGAUGGGAAGACAUACGACACCAUCAACCCUACAGACGGAUCUACAAUAUGCAAAGUAUCCUAUGCUUCUUUGGUGGAUGUUGAUAAAGCAGUCGCUGCAGCGAAAGAUGCUUUUGAAAAUGGUGAAUGGGGAAGAAUAAAUGCAAGAGAAAGAGGAAGGUUGAUGUACAGACUUGCAGACCUACUGGAAGAGAACCAAGAAGAACUAGCAACUAUUGAGGCGCUUGAUUCUGGGGCUGUCUACACCUUGGCUCUGAAGACUCAUAUUGGAAUGUCUGUGCAAACAUUCAGAUAUUUUGCUGGCUGGUGUGACAAAAUUCAGGGUUCUACGAUUCCAAUCAACCAGGCCCGUCCAAAUCGCAACCUGACCUUCACUAAGAAGGAGCCUCUUGGCGUCUGUGCCAUUAUCAUCCCCUGGAAUUAUCCUCUGAUGAUGCUGGCGUGGAAAAGUGCUGCAUGCCUGGCAGCGGGCAACACCUUAGUGCUCAAGCCUGCACAGGUCACGCCCUUAACUGCUUUGAAGUUUGCAGAACUUUCUGCUCAAGCAGGCUUUCCAAAGGGGGUAAUCAACAUCAUUCCAGGCUCAGGUGGGGUCGCGGGGCAGCGCCUCUCUGAACACCCUGACGUCCGCAAACUGGGCUUCACGGGGUCCACGCAGAUUGGCAAGCAGAUCAUGAAGAGCUGUGCUGUGAGCAACUUGAAGAAAGUUUCCCUGGAACUCGGUGGCAAAUCCCCACUUAUAAUAUUCAGUGACUGUGAUCUUGACAAAGCUGUGCGGAUGGGCAUGGGCGCCGUGUUUUUCAACAAAGGCGAGAACUGUAUUGCAGCUGGUCGGUUGUUCGUGGAAGAAUCCAUCCACGAUGAAUUUGUGACAAGAGUGGUAGAAGAAAUUAAAAAGAUGAAAAUUGGUGACCCACUGGACAGAUCUACUGAUCAUGGACCACAGAAUCAUAGGGCCCACCUGGAAAAGCUCCUGCAGUACUGUGAAGCUGGAGUGAAAGAGGGGGCCACCUUGGUGUAUGGGGGCAGACAAGUUCAGAGGCCAGGCUUUUUUAUGGAACCAACUGUAUUCACAGACGUGGAAGACCACAUGUACCUUGCCAAAGAGGAGUCAUUUGGUCCUAUUAUGAUCAUUUCUAAAUUCCAAAAUGGGGACCUUGAUGGCGUGUUGCAGCGUGCAAAUAGUACCGAGUACGGCCUGGCCUCGGGGGUUUUUACAAGAGACAUAAGUAAAGCUAUGUAUGUGAGUGAGAAACUGGAAGCGGGAACUGUUUUCAUUAACACAUACAACAAGACGGAUGUGGCAGCCCCUUUUGGUGGAAUUAAACAGUCUGGCUUUGGAAAAGACUUAGGUGAGGAAGCGCUCAAUGAAUACCUCAAAACCAAGACUGUGACGCUGGAGUAUUAGAGCGACGCCUUCACCAGACAGCCCUCGGGGCCAGCACCAUCCUCACCCCACCAUACACCGAGGAUCCCCGAGUGUGCUCAGGAAGGAGGUAUCAGCCCGCAGCCAAAAUACACACGUGCACCAUGAAGAGGGUCAGGCCACGUGUCUGAGUAUUUCUAAUACACCGUUUAGAUUUUAAAAUGAUUAACAGUUAGGGGGUUUUGAUGUAUGUCAUCCAUAGUUCUACAGUACCAAGCUGCUUUUUUUCUGCCAAGACUCUGUCAGGGUUGUUCAUCUUGAAAACAUCCCUAUCAUUUAAUUAUAAUGCACAGGUGCUCUUGGGGGGAACUGGGAAUUGUUGUAUAAUUUGUACAGGUUUUAACCUCUGAGCUGCACAGAUGAGGUAUAAAAGGUUUUCUAUAAUUUUGCUCUUAAACAAUAGUUAACCGUCUAAGGAAUGUGAAAGAGGCAUUUUUUUUUCAUAUUUGUAGGUAUGAUACAUCUUUGUGCCUUUGAUAUUCUAUUUUUGAACCCACUGUGAUGUGUGGCCCACCCAUAAAUGGUUCUUGAGUACCUACCAGGUGGGAGGUGCUGUUAUAUCCUAGGUGUACACAAAAUUUAAAGACAUGCUCUCUCACCCUAAGUAUUUAGAAGUCUAAUAAAUAGCUUCUAAUGUGAAUUUUACAGUAUGAUUUAGUAGAAAAGAAAUAACUUUUGAGGCUGGUCUUGGGACCUAUUGUACCAUCUUCCUGUGUGACUUUGAAAAACUUAUGCAACUUCUCUGAGCCUCUGCUUUCUUUCCUGUAAGGUAGGGGGAAUAAUGCCUUCCCCAGGCACAUUCUUAUGAGGAUUCAAUGCAAUAAUAUAAGUAAAGCAACUUACACUGUGCUUUGUUCCUGGUACUCAACAGAAAUGAACUGUUCUCUCAGUAACUAUUUUAACAAUAAAUUGAGGUAAAUUAACUACAAGUAUUAAUUUCCCUACAACCCUUUUCAGUAGUUAAUCGAUUCCAGUGCUGCUUUUUCUCAUCCAUUGUCUCAAUACAGUGCCUGGCCCAAGCACUGGAAAUGCCUGGAAUGCAAAAUGACAGUGGUUCAGGGAGAGCAUGCUUUUCUCUCUGAGGCUCACUCACCCUCCAUAGGACAUCUUGCUUUCUGUUCUUCUGCCUACUGAUUGGUUCUGCCACUCACUGGGCAGGACCCAGGGCAAGUUAGUUACCCAAUAUAUGUGAGCCUUUGUACCUAUAGAGUAGGGAUAAAAUCCCUGUCUUGUUAGAAGGUUAGAGGAUUCAAUGGAUUAUACACAGAAUGUACUUAAGGUGUUUAGACCAUAGUCUAUACUCAAGAAAUGGGAAUUAUCACAACCCCUGCGGUACUCACAAAUUGCCCAUUGUCAGACAAAAGUAAUUAGGUGGGUAAAUAAGGUGGUGAGUUACUGAAUCAUGGAACACUCUGGAAGUUGGUCAGACAAUUAACUUCUACUAACCCUCUUUUUAAACAAAAAAUUCCAUAAAAAUUCCUAGCUCUUUGCCUUUGAAGAAACCCUUAGGGAGUACUUGUUACUGUGGAAACUUGGCAGCUUAAAAGAAGGUAAUAUUAUAUAAGAAUACAGGGAAUCAAUAAACAACAACACAAAAUCUGAGGCAGAAAACACUCAAAGGAAAAAUAGCAGGAAUGGUUCCGGCAUGAUCAACAGAGCAAAUUUUGCCUGUAGGCAUUUUUAAAUUAUACUGUAGUUCAUUUAUCAUCAGAGCUUGGCAUUCUGAAAUUUUGGAUUGAGUAUUCUCUGGGUCCAAACUAGCAGUUCAUAUUCGAAUAAGAUGACAAUGGCAUUUUAUAAAGGAAUCACUUUUAAGUACAGUGCUUUGUCUGAUUUCAUGUAAUUUAAACUAUUUUUUACCAACUAUUUUAAUGAUACCUAAAAUAGCAAAGCAAAUCAUGUCCAUUCUAGGCUGCUUUUAUCCUCAAAUACUAAUUUCAGUAUUAAUGUUUUUAAUCUUUCUUUGGGCCUCCAAUCUCUGAGAAUCCAUAAAAGCUGUGGACUCCCCCCCUCCCAUUUCUAGCCCCCAAGCCCACGUGCACACUCUAAUUCUGCAAAUAUCUUCAAGAGAUUCACAGACCUCCUAAAGCCCAGAUUAAGAACUCCUUUUAUUCAUAGCAAGUUCUAAAGUUCUUAAUAGCUGCUAAUCAGAAUCAAAGGCCCCAUGGAAUUCAUAACAUUACCAGUGAAUGGAAACCCAGUGGGUCACAGCCUCCUGCUAAGUGAUUAACACACAGACCAAAUGAUCGCUGUUCCCUUCUUUAGUUCACUGAUUAUUUUACUCUACUAAGAAAUAGAACUGCUGAUUGUUCCCCAAACUGGGGCAGUGUGGACACUUGAGGCGGUUCUGUGUUCCUUCCAGUCCUCUGCUCAUGCCCUUACUAAUGCAGGCCCCUUUCGCUUAAACAUGCUUCCUGGCCUCUUCUGCCCCCAGCCUGGUCCUAGAGUCCUCAGUGCUCCCAUUUGUCAAGAACACAGUCGCCUUCCUAAGUAGAUGAGAGCACCCUGCCCCGAGCCCGGCUUUGGCAUUCUGUCCACAGCACUAACACUAUCCGUUAUGGAGGGCUCUGCCGCCAUCACUGCCAAGCACUUUGAAAAUACGAUCUUUAAUCUUUACAACUUCUGAAAAAGUGAAUAAAUUGAAUAAUUUUAACUCAGAAGUGAAGGAAUAAAUGUGCUCUUCUUACUGCCUUCACCACUAUCACAUCGUCACCCUCUCUUAACUCAAUUCUUCCGGUCUCCACGCUGGUAAUGCCUCCUUGUGUCGGUCUGUUCAAAGCCUAGGCCAGGUGGGGACCAUCCCUCUUCUGCUCAGAACCUCUUUGUGGCUCUCAUUUCACUUAGGACAAAGCCCGUGUACUUGUCACGGCCCACAGGGUUCUAUCCAUCUUGCUCCGGCCACCAUGAUCUCCUUCCUGCUGACUUGCCUCGUUCUGUCCAGCCAUGCCGGCUUCCUUGAUGUUCCUCAGACAGGCCAAAGUGCGCCUACCUCAGGGCCUUUACACUCACCGCUCUCUCGUCCCCGUCGUGUGCUGGUGUGUAUUUAACAAACGGCUCUCUCCUCUCUGGGGGUAAAACCAACUGAGUUACGUCUUUUGCUGAUUUCUGUGUAUAAAUCUCAAGACUGACUUCGAGGUGCCAGUUUGACCUCGAUGAACACAGAAUUAGAAGAGAAGCCAUAAUCAGAACAAGUGCAAACUGGGGAGGCGCACCUCUGCCUCCUUCCUCCCCACAUCCAGCCUCCCAGCUUCAGGUCUCUCCUCAAAUAUCUAAGAGAGACGGGUUCCCUGACUUCUCUUUCUAAACUCGCACCUAUGUCCCUCAUUUGUUCCUCAUCUGUCCUGCUAUGCUUUAUUCUCUUACACUCUGUUCUUUUCAUGGCACUGGCCAGAACCUGGCAUAGAUUUCUCUCUCUCCCAAUUAGAAUGUAAACUUCGCAGACAAGUGCUUCCUCUGUUCAGUGCCAUGGCAUCAGUGCCUAACACACAGGAGGAGCUUGGUAUAUAUUUGCUUUCAAGUAAAAGCAACUUGCCCAGACCUCACAGCUAUUCGGUGGUAGAACAGGCGAUCAAGCAGGGAAGACAGUGGUCUUAGCCAAGUGGAGACAGUCAUUGCCAGUGCCUGUCGGGUCCCAGGUAGUGAAUAGUAGCACAGGCUAAGAUGUUUAUCCAAGGAAAAAACUUAGCAGAAUGCUCAUCUGUGAGAGGUCUUGUCAAGGUGGCUGGACCCAAAGUGAGGAAUCAAGGUUGGUUUCCACAUACCUGCACUCCGAGAAAAUAAAGGCCAAAGGAAACGAAGGCUUGAAUGUUGUCAGACAUGAGACAUGAUGGAUGGGCUGGAAUUCUAUUACUAUUACGCAAAUAAUACUCACGUGGAUUUUUUGAAUGAUUAAAUAUGUAACUAUGUAAAAACACAUAAAUUGGAAGGUAAGACUCAACCAGAAACUGUCCAUACAAAUAACCAUAUAUUUCAGAUUGUUUCAGACUUUUUCUAUACUUUUUUAAUAGAAUCAAUAAUACUGUUUAUAACUUUGUCACUUUUUUGUCAAUUAACAAUGUGUAAGCAUCUUUCUGGUCAAUAUAUCUGCAUAUGUUCCAUGGUUUUAACUCAACUUGGUUUCUAUUAUUGGACAUUUUUAGUUUUUUUGCUAUUUUAAACAUCACAAUAAAUCUUCUACAGAAAUGUGUGAGCACAGCCAUACUUACCAGAAUAAAUUCCCAGAAGUGGAGUUUUGAGUGAAGGAUCUAGCAACCUAUAACCUUACUGUCCCCCCCCACAUUUUUGCUACCACCGUGCACUCUUCUUAGAGCACAGUUGGGCCUCACAUUUGCUGAUUGCUGUUCUAAGCAUGUGCUGUGUGUUCACUCACAACCAACACACCUUUGUCCCCGCUUCACAGAGGAAACUGAGUUGUGGCUAGGCUAGGACAGCAUCUGGGCACCAUACCUCCUAGUCCCACCGAGGCAAAGCUAGAUUAAACUUAAAACACGGCCUUACCCCUUACAUAUUGCGAGACCUUAGGGGAUUUGUUGUAGAAUCUCCAGGCCGCCUUUCUCAUCUGUAAAUGGGGGUAGGCAGACUAGCUCUUAAUUUUCUUGAAUGAAAGAAAAGCAGUAAGGAGCUAAAGGAGUAGACCUUGGAAGUUCUCAUCACGGAAAACAAAUUUCUGUGUAUGGUGGAUGUUAACCAGACGUAUGGAUCUUUUCAUAAUACGUACAAAUAUUGAAUCAUUAUGUUAUAUGCCUAAAACUUAUGUUACAUGGCAAGAUUAUAUCACAUUAAAAAAAAAAAAGACCACCAAACAAGUCCAGGAAUAGUUCAGUCUGCAGGGAUGUUUGGUACACUGACUGAUGCUGUUGAUUUCCUGCUAUCCUUUGUGUAAUGACUUUAUGCUCAAGAGCUGGCUCCACUGAGGCCCUCCAGUGGAGUUCCAGGAAUCAAUUCUAGUCAUAAGAUAUUAAAGUCCUUCCAUCUUUUUUUUAUAAAUAUGACUUUUUUUUUUUGCAUUAAACUGGGGUUUAGG